GCACGGAUCCGAGAUAACCAACGCAGAUCUCGUGCACGACGCAAGGAAUACCUCCAAGACCUCGAAGUUCGCUUUCGAAACUGCGAGCAGCUGGGCGUCGAGGCCUCGGCGGAGAUCCAAGCAGCUGCUCGCCGCGUCGUCGAUGAGAACAAGCGAUUGAGAAUGCUGCUCAAACAACGCGGUCUGAGC